CCCUCAAAAUUUUUUUGUUUUUUUUAGUAUUCCAUUUUCUAGAAUUUUAUCGUAAUCUACAUCGAAUUUCAUCGGCAGAUUCUAAAUUUCAUCUAAAAAUAUGCACCCGUUCAGGAGUUAUAACGUUAACGUAAAAAAUUUUGAGGGGGGUGCCCAAAGAAAAAACUUUUUUUUUUCGCAAACUCCAAUUGCAAAGUUUUUUUAUUAGAAACUUAUCAUUUGGGCCCAAUAUCAUCCUCCAUAAGGUUCAUCUGGGACCCAUGCUCUGAAGUUGAGAUCCAGUAUACCCCAAAAUCCUGGCUACGUGCCUGCCCUCGCCGUGGGCUCGAACCCUCGGAAAAUGACACUUCGAACCCACGAUAUAAGCUUUCGAGAGGUAUCGGUUUCGAGCCCUCGGAUUUCAGAUAGGUAGCGAGCCCUCGAAAAAAAUUUCGAGCCGUCGAACAGAGAUAUUCGGGACUUCCAAGCCUCGUUCCCCCGAGGGCGCGACGAAAUCCCGAAUAUCUCUGUUCGACGGCUCGAAAUUUUUUUCGAGGGCUCGAAACCGAUACCCCUCGAAAGCUUAUAUCGAGAAGAAAUACGCUGAAUGUAAAACUAUUAGAUAACAAUACUUCACCCUAUGUUUUGAUAAUAGAAAAUCUUCGAAGUAGUGGUUGUUGAAGAGAACAGCUAAUAAACUAUUGGUGUAGCUGCUGUUCUAAUAAAACAGAAAUUGUUAGCUAUUGCUGUAUGGAAUUGCCACAUCAAUGCUGCAAAAUUAUCAUUCUAUCACAGAGACAAAAAAUCCAUCCUAGUAUUGCUUCUAUAUUCGCUUAUCCGAAAUUCUCCUCAGAGAACUUAGGUAAAAAUAACAUUAAAGUAGACGACCGUUACGUACUCAAGCCGUACUUUAAGACAAAUACAAAGAGCACAGAAAGUAAGGGAGAGUGUGAAAUCCACGUAGAAAAAUGUAUACUGUGACAGGAUAUAAAUGACUAACUCUGAAAUACAAUUCAUUAUUGAUCUUCUCUUUAGGAUAACUGUUGCAUUUACAAUUGAUCGCUAUAUAAUGAUAUGCAAACCAUUUAAAGGGGAAAAACUGUGUGUUCGAAAAAACGCUUGUCUGGUAAUUGGUUUUUGUUUUGCAAUGUCAUUGAUUUAUUUAAUACCACAAUUAUUAAGUCAAACAUGUUAUAACAUGGUUCCUGGUCUUUUAAAUUACACAAUACCAAACGAUACAGAUACUGCAUUACACGAAUCAAUGUUACCUCAAUUCUAUUUAUCUAGUUUAUCAAUAUUUGGAAAAAAUUUAGCAACGCGUCUAAUUAUCACAUUAUUUGUUAAUUGUAUUCUACUUCGAGUACUUCCAUUCAUAAUUGUAUUCAAAUUAAAUUAUCAUUUAAUCAACACUUUAUCUCUUUCAAAACGUCGACAUCGUCAAAUAAAUCCUCGUGAACAAAAACGAAACGAUGUCACAUUCAUGAUCAUCAGUGUCAUUAGUAUUUAUUUAAUAUGUAUAUUUCCAUCAAUACCAUUUUCUAUCAUGUUUUCAUAUGAUGUAGAGUAUUUUGUCCGAAUGUCAACAAGACAUCGUAUUUUACAAAAUUUCGAUGAAUUUUCCAAAUUUCUAAUGAUAUUUAACAGUGCAAUACAAUGUUAUUUGUAUAUAUUUUUUGGUAAACGUUUUCGUCGUGAACUAUAUCGAUUUGUAUGUUGGCCAUGUAUUAACGAUUCAUCGGGAUAUAGUUUGACAAAUGAUGGUCAUGAACUGGUGUUAAGUGGAAAAUUUUCAUUUGAUGAUGAACAAGACUAUUUAUCAUCGAUUAAAUUCAGUUUUGAUCAUCCGAGACGAUGGAGUAGAUUAACAACUUCGACAACGAGUUCAAAUUUCACUGAGAUGAACAUAAGUCAUAUAAACAAAUUAAAAAAUAGAUUAUUUUCUCAAUCACGACCAAUUCAAUCACAUAGAAUCCUGUUAUUUCCGAACUAA